ACCGUGCAGAGAGUUCAGGUGCAAAGACCAUCCGGUGCUCCUGUGAGAGGACGAGAAGGAGGACAGAGAAGUCAGGGCUGCUCCCAUCAGGCAGGUCCUAGGAGCCCAGGAUCCAGGGGGUCUUCGGGGCUUUGCUCAGGCCAGGAACCUAGGAGGCCAGGAGGCCAGCUGGUGGACCAAGGCGCCAAAGGGCUUUGUUGUCAGAAACGUAUCCCAGCGGCGAGCAGGGGCAUGGACCAUAGUGAGGGGGUUACCCAAGCCUCAGCUGGCACUGUGGUGCCUCAGGAGCUGCUGGAAGAAAUGCUUUGGUUUUUUCGGGUAGAAGAUGCCUCUCCUUGGAAUUAUUCCAUCUUUGCCCUGAUGGCCAUGGUGAUCGUGAUAAGCAUGGUCCUCCUGGGAAGGAGCAUCCAGGCAAACAAAAAUCAGAAGAAACUUGGGAAAAACAAACGAAAAGAACAAGCUCCAGAAAUCCAGUAUUUGGCUGAAGCCGGAACCAAAGAUAACAACAACCUGAACAUCUUAAGAGAGGCUUCACUCUCAGAAAAGUCAGAUUUAGUCCAGGCAGAAAUUAAAUUAAGAGAGAAAGGUGUGUCACUGGUGCUCCUUCCAGACCCACAAGAAUCUGAGAGCUAGUGAGAGUUCAGUGCAGUGCCCCCAUGUGGUCAGCAGAAAAAUGAACGAACGGUCGUCAAACCGAAAUUCUGUUAUGAAAAAAAAAACCUUUUUAUUAAAAUGGUUUGGUAAGUG